AAAUUAGGGUUAAAGGUUAAUAAUAAUUAUGAAUUUGUGGCGGUGGUAACUAGUGAAGAUCAGACUCAGAGACUCAUUGCAAAGAAAUAACUAAAACCCGUGGGCGUGGCGUAGCGUUUAGCUGGAGCAAGGAGUCUGUGUAGCCAGGCAACAUCUGGAUGCUUGAGUGAGGUUGCUUCACUGCAUCACGUGGUUGAAGCAUCACGCAGCUGGCUGUAUCGCAGCGCGUUUCCUCUAUGAAGCAUCAUCGCGACUGCUGCGCAAUUUGACUGCAAGCCUUUGCUACCGAUUCCACCUAGACAGCUCUCCAAACGCACAGGUUAUGCCACUCCACAGGCUUCCUGAAACCCCUACUGUGAAAGAGAAGGGCUGAUCCCCAAGCUCUAGCUACUCUCCUCCCACCUCCACCCACCCCCCUGUCCCUCCCUAACCACACAUAGCCCCCCACUCCCACUCCGCCGGUCCCCGGACCCCGGACCCCAUGGCUGCAGGAGGCCAUGCCCCUGAGAAGGAUGUGUUGAUCAACCUGAUUCAGGAGGAGGAGGAUGAGGAAGGUUCCACAGAGGAGCAGGAAGAGGAGGACUGGGAGAAGGCAUUAUCAGUGGAGAGGUUCGGGGACAUCAUCACUGAGUCCGUGUUCAGCAGCGGAGAAAAAAUGGGCCGCAACUACAACGAAAAGGAUUUCGAGUAUCAUCGGCACACCUUUCACCACACCCACCACCCCCUGUCCACCCACCUGCCACCGCCCCAGCGCCUACGCAAGCGGGUGCUCAGCACAGACAGCGACCGCCGGCGCAAGAAGAAACGAAAGAAAAAAAAGACCUCCAUGCCGCCCUCGGAGGUCACGCCCACCAUCCAUGAGGUAGAUGAGGAGGAGGAGGCGGAGUCUGAGACAGAGGAGCGGGACCAAGUGGCCACGCCCACUGAGCAGCCUGACAACCAACCACAGUUUAGCUUGGGGAGUGAGGAGGACUUGGAACCGGCUCUCCCUUUCACUUCCUUCCACAUGGAGAGCGAACAACAACAUCUGCCGCCAGAGAAAGCCACACUGGCCACGGCAGAGGAGGUGUUGGUGGAGGAGGAAGAGGAGGAGGAGCAGCAACAGGAGGUUCGGGAGCAACCGGAGGAUGAGGAAGGUGAUGAAGAGUCCAACAACAGGUGCCCCCCCUCUGUGGACCCCCCUAGCGUGACCCCCUGCGGCUGGUUCAGGAGGAAUCCCCUCCACCCUGCACCGAGGACCAGUUACGACCUGCGGGAGCGCAUCUGCAUCGGCAGUAUGACGACCAUGGAAACAGCUGUGUACCAGAAGGUGCCCACUGACGACGCUGAGGCUGAGAUGCUGGCUAGCGCUGAUCUGGACGACAUGAAAAGUCACCGAUUCGAGGACAACCCUGGAGUGAGGCGUCACCUGGUGAAGAAGUCAUCUCGAUGCCAGCUCCUCCAGACCACCAACAGCUCUUCGCAACUGUCCAGCGUGAAGAAGAAGAGGACGGCUGACAAGAAGACCCAUGAGGUGUUUGUGGAACUCAAUGAGCUGAUAGUGGAUAAGAACCAGGAAAUGCGCUGGAAGGAGACGGCCCGUUGGAUCAAGUUUGAGGAGGACGUGGAGGAGGAGACAGACCGCUGGGGAAAACCCCACGUGGCUUCGCUUUCCUUCCGUAGCCUGCUGGAGCUCCGCAGGACCAUCACACAUGGUGCCGUCCUUUUGGACCUGGAGCAGACCACCUUGCCUGGUAUUGCUCACCUGGUGGUGGAGACCAUGAUCAUCUCAGACCAGAUCAGAGCGGAGGACCGUGCCAACGUGCUCCGCGCCCUGCUGCUCAAACACCAAUUCAGUUUUCCUAGGCCCAGUUUGGUCCCUAGGCCCAGUUUGGUCCCUAGGCCCAGCUUGGUCCCAGCUCCCGACACAAGCCCUCCAGUAAAGAAGAGGACGGAAUGCCACCCCAACGACGAAAAGGAGGGCCUCUUCCAUCGCAACCACUCUAGUAACAGCCUUCAAGGCAGCUUCUACCGCAACCACAACCACGUUCCCAACACUGCGCUGCCCCUUGUGGCCGAUGACCAUGCAGCAGUCCACCACCACCACCUUGACAACAAAGCACCAGACCAUGACAAAGAGAAAUCACGUCACCCCCCCCUGCCGACGGCUCACGAUCAUCAGGUUACCAAACACACAAAACUCUUAGCCAAGAUUCCCAAGGACGCCGAAGCAACCGUGGUCUUAGUGGGGUGUGUGGAGUUCUUGGAGCAGCCGGCCAUGGCCUUCAUCAGGCUGAGUGAGGCGGUGCUGCUGGAGUCGGUCCUGGAGGUGCCGGUGCCGGUCCGUUUCCUCUUUGCCCUGCUCGGCCCCGCUCAGUCCAACAUGGACUAUCACGAGAUCGGACGCUCCUUCUCCACCCUGAUGUCUGACAAGAACUUCCACGAGGUGGCUUACUUCGCGGACGACCGGCAGGACCUGCUGAACGGCAUCAAUGAGUUCCUGGACUGCAGCAUCGUUAUCCCCCCAUCAGACGUGGAGGGCAAGGACCUGCUGAAGACGGUAGCCUCCUUCCAGAAGCAGAUGCUGCGCAAGAGGAAGGAGAGAGAGAACAUUAAGAAGGGCCUGACCCAUGCCACCCCCGGGACAGACCAGGAGACCAAAGAGGUGAGCCAGGAUGAGCAGGAAGAGGAGGACCAGGAGGUGGACCCCAUGAAGCGGUCGGGCAUCCCCUUCGGAGGCCUCAUCCAUGACAUCAGGCGACGCUACCCACGCUACGCCAGUGACAUCAAGGACGCCUUGGACUCACAGUGCAUUGCCGCCGUCAUCUUCAUCUACUUCGCAGCCCUCUCGCCCACCAUCACCUUCGGAGGACUGCUGGGAGAGAAAACAGAGGGCAUGAUGGGAGUGUCUGAGCUUAUCAUCUCCACGGCGACCCUGGGGGUGCUGUUCUCGCUGUUGGCCGGACAGCCCCUGCUCAUCAUCGGAUUCUCAGGACCGCUGCUGGUGUUUGAGGAGGCCUUCUACAAGUUCUGCCAGGCCCAGGGCUUUGAGUACCUGACUGGCCGGGUGUGGAUCGGCUUCUGGCUCGUCUUCAUAGUGCUGUUGAUAGUAGCAGCUGAGGGCAGCUUCUUGGUCAAAUACAUCUCACCCUUCACCCAGGAGAUCUUCGCCUUCCUCAUCUCGCUCAUCUUCAUCUAUGAGACCUUCUCGAAGCUCAUCAAGGUAUUCCAGGAGCAUCCUUUGAUGAGAAGCUACCCGCCUGCUCUCAGCCUGCCCGGUAUGGACUUCAUCAACCCCACAGACCCCGGGGGCCCGGUCCUAAACCAACCCAACACAGCCUUGCUGUCUCUCGUCCUUAUGCUUGGCACCUUCUUUGUGGCCUUCUUCCUCAGGAAAUUGCGCAAUAGUCGCUUCCUGGGCGGGAAGGCCAGAAGAAUCAUCGGAGACUUUGGCAUCCCCAUCUCCAUCCUCUUCUCUGUACUGUUGAGUUACUCCAUCCCCGACACGUACACCCAGAAGCUAAAUGUACCAUCUGGUUUCUCGGUCACGUCUCCUGACAAGCGGGGCUGGUUGAUCAGUCCAUUCGGUGACAAGAAGCCCUUUCCCUUGUGGAUGAUGGGGGCUUCGGUGGUGCCCGCCCUCCUUGUCUUCAUCCUCAUCUUCAUGGAGACACAGAUCACCUCACUAAUCGUCAGCAAGAAGGAGCGUCGCCUGGUCAAGGGAUCGGGCUUCCACCUGGACCUGCUGCUCAUUGUCACACUGGGCGCCAUGUGCCCUCUGUUAGGCCUGCCCUGGCUCACAGCCGCCACUGUGCGCUCUGUCACGCAUGUCAACGCCCUUACUGUCAUGAGCAAGGCCACAGCGCCUGGCGAGAAGCCUAUGAUCCAGGAGGUGAAGGAGCAGCGGGUGACGGGCCUGGUAGUUGCCGUGCUCGUGGGUAUGUCUAUCGUGAUGACGGACGUGCUCCGUAACAUCCCAUUGGCCGUGCUGUUCGGGAUCUUCCUCUACAUGGGCGUCACGUCGAUCACCGGCAUCCAGCUCUACGAGCGCAUCACACUCAUGUUCACGCCCGCCAAGCACCACCCCGACCACAUAUACGUGACCAAGGUGAAGACAUGGCGUAUGAAUAUGUUCACCAUCAUCCAGCUGGCCUGCAUCGUGCUACUGUGGGUGGUCAAGUCGACCGUGGCCUCACUCGCCUUCCCCUUCAUCCUCAUCAUGACCGUGCCGCUCCGCCGCCUCAUCCUCUCCCGGAUCUUUGAGGAGCGUGAGCUUCAGGCGCUCGACGGGGAAAAUGAGGACUCCCCCAACUUUGACGAGGAUGGUCGGGACGAGUAUAAUGAGAUUCACAUGCUUGUGUAGACACGUCACACGGGUAGGCCCAAUAGGCUCUCUCCAUCUUCCAAGGCUCUCUCCAUCUUCCAAUCACGAGCAUGCUUCUUAUUACGUCCGGAGCUGUGUCUUGAAAACACUCAGAUGAUGGUAGGAUUUUCAUCCAACAGAGAAACCUUAUGUAUAUAUAUACUGUAUAAACAUAUAUUAUAUGCAAAUUCUGCUGUACUUUGAUCUAAAAAUGAUGUAAAGGAAUAACCCCACUGUUAUAAUUUGUUUCUGUUUUUCCUGCUGCAACAUAGUUUUUUCUCUCAAAGAGGUCAGUAGCUCUACUGCCCUACAGUUGCUGAGCGUGUCAGGAAUCCUCAAGUGCGUGACAUGGACAUUGCACCUUUUAAACACAGAACAAUAAUUCAUAAACUCUCGUCCCCACUCAAACCCUGGACAUGGGUUCUUCCUCUUCCUUUUAACGGUCAAGCUCUCUACAGGUUCCGGGCGUAAGUGCAAUGACAACAACCCCAAGUACUUCAGUAGGUUGGUUUUUCCUACCAGUGUUGGAGACCCAUUUAUUUGGGGCACCGGUGGAAUGAACACUGGUUGUAUGACAGCCACACUGGUUUCACUGGGAGCCAAUACUCCACUGCCUCCUCAGCAUAACUGCCUUUUUACCCUUCUUCGUACUGUAGCCAUUAUCAGUGAAAUUCAAUGACGACGUUAACCAAACAGGAAGUUCGGCAUUCCCUUUUAUUUAUUUUCACUGUGUGCACUCCCUUUAGUUGUGUGCUCCUCACAGGAUACGUUCACCUUUGACCUUUGUGAUUCACCUGCACUGACACACCAGUUCCCUGGUCCAAUAACAGGAGAAGAUACAUUCGUUGAUCCCCUCUCAAUGCAGUUCUCCCUGAAACGAAGAUACAGUACAUGAGGAUUACAUGUGUUUUGGAGAGGUUUACUUUAUAAGGUAUAUUCUGUCCAACAGGCCAAUCCAAUGAUUGUGGAUGCAUACAAGUAAACACAUUGAGAUCUGCUGACCUUGAACAUGUUUAAAUUUUUCGUGACCUCACCGAUUUAAAUGUUAGCCUACCUAUUUACUUCAGUUUGUUAGUUGCCAUAAUUGUAUGAAGCGAUAUUGACAUAUGGGAUGCAUUCUAAAUGCCUGUUAGUUGGAGGAAUUUGUAAUUAUUAACAGUAUUAAAAACCUUUGUCAAAGUCACUGGAAUUAUGCCACAGGUGUCAAAUUCACUGUAUAGCACCACUGUCAUUGUGUACUUCCAUGUUCUGUAGGCAACUUUUGGAUGUGAAGGGUACUAAAGCAUCAGGUAAAACUAACCUUUGGAAAGCAAAUACAUCAUUGAUCAUUGGUUUUGGGUCCCUGUUGUGUACACAAAUCAUUCAAGUGAAUAUUUAAAAUUAUACACACAGGGGGUUCAGAAGUGAUUAUAUACAACUUGGCAUGUGUUUAACAUGUACAGUGAUUGGAAUGGACUCUUUUCCCCAAGGUUCAAGUUUAUACCCCACACAGAAUGUUUGUCUGUCUGUUUAAAAUGGACUAUGUUAUCAUGAACUGUGCUUCAGAACCAUAGGUUUAAAUUGAUACACGUGAAGUGGAGACCAUGUUUCAAAUAUUGAAGCGUCUGCUGAAUUUCACGAAAUGAUGUAUUGUAUAAUAUGAUACUGCUGUUUUUUGUUUUUUUAAACAGACCCCACUAGAGAAGUGUAACAUCACGUCUUAUUGACUCUUGUUGUACAAACACUACACUCUUAGAAAAAAGGGUUCCAAAAAGGUUAUUUGCGGAGGGAUAGGGUUCUACCAAGAACGGUUUUGAUCUGAAGAUCCCUUUUUGAAAACAAAGGGUUCUUAGAAUGUUAAAGGUUCUUGGUAGAACCCUUUCCCUUACAAAGAAUUGUUUUUGGAGGAAAGUGUUCUUUGAUAAUUCUUUAGAUGGCAAUAAGGAUUCUUUGGAAGGCAAGAAGGGUACCUUGGAAGGCAAGGGUUCUUCAUAGAACCAUAUAUCAUACAGUAUUUCCCAGCAUGCUCUAGGUAGAACCAUAUACAGGGGGUUCUAUAACGAACACUAUAUAAAAGAUUCGAGGUAGAACCCUCUGCAAAGGGUUCCCCUAUGGGGACAAUCCGAAGAACCCUACAUGGUACUACUACUUAGCACCUUUUUUUCCCUAAGAGUGUAGAUACUGGGAUUGCAAUGCCAUGUUGUGUAUGGACAACCUGCUUAGCCCUACCAUGUGAGACUUAUUGAAUGUAUAGGCCUAUAUAAUACGUUUCCAGGAAUGUUGUUUUGAUAGGCUCUACUUUGUCUGCACUGUCUCUUCUGCUGCUCUGUUAAACUGGAGGUAUGCUAGCGUCAACUUGGCUUCUGAAGGAAGGACUUAAGUCAAUAGAAUCUCAGACCAAAGUGGUCGUGCUCUACUCUGGGCUUGGAGUAAUAGACAGCUACUGGCAGUGCGUUUGGCAUGUCAAAGGCAAAAGGUAUCACAGUUACCAUGGCGGCAGACAUGAAAAUGGGAAGAGGGCAAGAGGAGAAAGCUUCCCCCUCACUCGAUGUGAAGUCAAAAGGUCUUUGUUGUUUGAGAACACGGGCUUGCUGGUGUGUUGAGGGCUACCAGAGAUCCCCGUGGCCCUGUGGUGGAUAGGUCUACACUCAGUAAAACAAUCACUCUGUCAUUACGAAAAAAGAAAGAUUUGGAAGAGUGGUUAUUAUUCAAGAUAAUAAAAAGGUAUAGUGUUGCCACUUUCUUCUGUUCUGUCUGGAUUCCUCAAGUUUUGGAGCAGGGACAUGAAAAGAAAAUAGUUCUAGGCCCGUGAAAAAGGCCUGGCAUGUUAGAUGUUGGGAAUCCACAAUGUUUCGUCGCCUGAUACCUCCAUGGUAGCACAGACCAGACCACCCACCCAAAAUCUAGGAAUAUAGCGUUGUUAUUUUUUUAGCCGCUGUUACUUACCCUUCUCUCACUUGAAGUCUCUGGACCUUUUUUUUUCUUCAUUUGAUUGGAAGACUAGGACAUUUGUGAUGGCAUUAAGAAGUACUGUAGACAAUCAGAAAUGUAUGCAAAUAGAUUACCUGUAUAUCUUUGUUAUGUAUCUACCUUCAUAAGUAAUAAGAUAGCACUGCUAACCCUGUGGCAACAUCCUAGUGUAUGUCCAGUUUCUUUCAUUUUAAUUAAUGGGUCAUUCCCAACCUGUCCUCCAAGUUUGCACCAUGUAAUGAAUAUAAAGUUAUAAAGGUGAAGGUCCCCUUUAAAGGGAAAGUUCAAGAUUUUGGCAAUGAAGCUACGAGCUAGUUACCUCAAUGCUAACUAGCAUUAACACAAUGACUGGAAGUCUACUGGAACAGUUAGCAUUAGCACCAGUCAUUGUUCUAAUGCUAGUUAGCUUUGACUCACAAAACUACCUUCCUGCAUACUGGAUGCAGAGACAAAAAAUGGUAUCCACUAGUUCAUCAGACUCUGGGGACUCUGGGGAAGUAGAUUAACGGGCUUAUUGUUAGGUAGGUGAGUUAGGUAGGUAGGUGAAUUUGACUUUAAUUGACGGUCUUGUGGCAUUUAAAGAAUUUUCUGCAGCUCACUUGUAAUGAAGGACUUAUUACAUAUCCCUCAAUGAAGGACCAUGUUUUUAGUGUCACUCUUAAGAAGGUGAGUAUGGUUUAUACAUGCUAUACCUGUGUUAAAAUCAGCCUGAAGCCAUGUCACACACAAAUAUAGUGACACACAUACACCAACACACAAAGAUAAGUCUUUCUGCUUUGAAAACGAUACCUGAUGAAGUGGGGUUUGGCUGUCUGAGAAAAAAGAGUAUGAGUUCAUUUUAUGAUAAAUUAUGAAUUACUUUAGCAUUAGCAAUACUGAAAGAUACUUAUGUUAUGUGGAUACUUGAAUAGCGGUUCAGCCUGUUAUUGUUGUAAAGGGGUUUUCAAACUACUGUAAAACAAAUUGUUAUUUUUUUGUCUGAAAAUAAAUAUUUAUGUGUUUCAAAUAAA